ACAAAGAAUUGAAUUUGUAGUUUUUGUGAAAAAUGUAAAAUAAUAUGGGCAUUUGUAAGAAUUAUAAAAAGACAAUAGUUUUUGAUAAUAAUUACAUUUUGUAUUAUGAUUACAAAUAUAUUACCGCGCGGCAAAAAUAUUCCAUAUGAAAAUCGUCAUUUCUAUCACCGUCAUCGUUGGCUUCUUCUUUUUCACCAUUACUACACCACCACAACCACCACCACCGAGUUCCCCAAAAAAGAAGAAAUAAAAGUACUAACAAACGAAUGAACGAAAAAAAAGAAUGACAAUAAACAACACACAGUUAGAACUGCUUUUGUAUGAUUUCACUAAAAUGUCUAUUUCAGGUGCGCACCUUUCACCAUAAUCACAUCGAAUUUGAAGCAACCGUAAUAUAUGUUGAAAAACACACGAAAUAAUAUAAGUCUUCUCUCUUUUCGUUUUAAGUGGUCCAUAUUCCAAUAUUGAGUUACACAGGUUAACAUACAAUAAGGGUGAAUUGAUUUAUAUGAGAGUUUUUAUUGUGUAUUUAUGCCUGUCAUAUACACACAACUACAACGAGCGCGCACACACAAAAGAUUUGUUCCUCAAUUCGUUUCCGUUGCCAUUCACAACAUAUCUCUACGGUCCGUAUAUUGGUACGUUGUAAUUACCUGUCGCAAAAACGAUAGCAAAUGUUUCCUCGCAACCACCAAGUUCAAUACGCUCGACCACCAAUAUUUGCUACAGUCGAAUACAGAAUCGAAUACAGAAAAUAACGGGAGCGAAAUAAGCAAAUAAAUCAUGUACUAAACAGUUCUUUGAUUACCCAACAUUAAAAAAAACAAAGAUACUUAUAACACCAUCUACGUAAAACACGCUGACAACAAUGUAAAUCAUAUUGACUGCGCUCAUCUCUCGAAAAGAAACAAUUUCAUAAUUUGUGAAAAACAAUAACAGUUUGCUAGUGAAAAAAAUAAACACGUGAACAUUUAACAAACCAUAUAAGACAGAAUUGAAAGGGAAUUUCCAAUAUAAAAGGGAACUAACCGAGUGCUUUCAAUUAUUGUUAUACAUACAAUCUUCAGCGAAAUGGAUGAUGAUAUUGAACGCGAUGAUGCCAAAAGAAAGUCAAGAAAUCUCAGCGAGAAAAAGCGUCGAGAUCAAUUUAAUAUUCUGAUCAAUGAACUGAAUGCGAUGGUGUCAUCAGCCAAUCGAAAAUUAGACAAAUCAACAGUCUUAAAAGCAACAAUUGCUUUCUUAAGACAGCACAACGAUAUGACGAUGCGAUCUCGAAUCCAUGAAAUUCAUGAAAAUUGGAAACCAUCAUUUUUAUCAAACGAAGAAUUCACUCAUUUAAUGCUAGAAGCUUUGGAUGGAUUCAUCGUUGUUUUCUCUUCAGAUGGGAACAUAUACUAUGCAUCUGAGAGCAUAACCUCUCUUUUGGGUCAUCUGCCGAGCGAUCUCCUGAAUGCCAGCAUUUAUGACAUAAUUUAUGAAAAAGAACACCAACAAGUAUAUAAUCUCUUAUCAAAUCCAGUGACCGUAAUUGAUCCUACAAAAAAUGAUUUCACAAUCGAAAAUCAAGUCAGUUUUGUGUGUCACAUGAAAAAAGGUGGUUUAGAAUAUCGAGAUGAGGAAGCUUACGAAUCAGUACAAUUUAUUGGGUAUUUUCGGAACGAUGUCGAAAUCGAUGAGCUGUUACCAUCUACUAGCAACAGUCGAGCUGCCGCUGAAAACGAUUUAAAAUUAUUAUUCGUAGGCAUUGGGCGGACACAGACGCCGCAAUUGGUUCGUGAAAUGACUGUAGUAGAUUCAGAAAAGAGUGAAUUCACCUCGAGACACAGUCUUGAAUGGAAAUUUAUAUUUCUUGAUCAUCGUGCCACACCAAUCAUUGGUUAUUUACCAUUCGAAGUAUUGGGCACAUCUGGUUAUGAUUACAAUCAUUUUGAUGACUUGGAUAAUAUUGUAACAUGUCAUGAAAUGGUUAUGGAAAAGGGUGAAGGAAAUUCGGGUUAUUAUCGAUUUUUAACGAAAAGUCAACAGUGGAUUUGGCUACAGACUAGAUUUUACAUAUCACAUCAUCAAUGGAAUUCAAAGCCGGAGUUCAUUGUUUGUACACACCGAGUUGUUAGCAAUGCCGAAGUUCUGAAGCAAUUUAGCAACGAACGAAAAGAAUCUGAUAAUAGAAGUGACAGCAGUAAACUGGGUCAAAUAAAACCAUUUGAUAGAAAAUCUGAUGAAAAGAGCAGCUCUUCAGUUCGUAGAAGAUAUUCAACAUCAUCGCCAACACCAACUGUAAAAAGUGAUAGUAGAAACUGUACCACGGCCAGUAUAACAGAAACAUCUAUAUCAAGAGCUCAAUCAUCACCAUGUUAUUCAUCAUCAUCAAAAGCAUCCAGCAAAUAUUCCACAUCAAAUCAAAGCAGUUGUGCAUCAAAAGUGAAGAAAUUUAAAAAAAGUGAUAGCUCGACACUGAAAUCCGGCAGUUGUCAGGUUAAAACGGAAUAUCCACCUGCCGUACAUGGCAAGCAACACAAUGAAAUUGAACAAAUUGAACAAAUCCCACAUAGUAAUCAAGUGGCUAAUGUGAAUCAAGGCCCAUACAACCCCAUCGGAUAUCUAACAACAAAAUAUGAUUAUGAGAAACCAAUGCAUCCGUUAGAACAUCAGCCGCCAGUUAUUCCAUCGUUACAUCGAGAUGCAAUUAUUACCUCGACACAAUUAUACAUUCAAAGUCAAUUGCAACGCAAGCACGAAGAACUCCAACAAUUGAUCAUGAAGCAACAAGAAGAAUUGCAGCUUGUUUCAGAGCAUUUGCAUUUAGCACAACGUGGUAUGCUGCCAACACCAAUUGAAUCACAAUACGCAAUUGGCCAUCAAAAUCGAACGCAACAUCAAAUUGAAAAAAUUGAAAGCCAUCGAACGAUUUUACGCGAUAUGGAUAGUUCAACAACAAUCGAACCACAAACGUAUAGGGAACAAGUGUCCAAUCAAACCAUUUGUCAUCCAAACGAAUUGCAACCGACAUCGUGUACCAGCACACAUGCUUCAAAAUCUAAUGCAAUUGAUCAAAUGCCGCAAGUACACAGCUCACAACAAGAAUUCCAAAAUUUCAAAGCGUUGACGAAUUACGAUGACACAAUAAAUCCAGCAAGUAUGUCAACACCCAAUCCAGCUAGCAUAAGCAACACAAUUAGCUCAAAAUUUACAGCAACCAGUGAAUAAAACUACGACUUAUUUUAUGGUAUAUGACAAACACGUUGAAAAAAUUCUUUUCGAAAAACAGCAUAAGAAAUUAUUGAACGCCAAAAGUUUGAUUUUGUAACAACACAUUUUUUUCUCUUCAACUUAUAACCAAAAUAGGGCUCUGCUUUUGAGUUCACAAGUUGAGGACACAAAUUUUUGUUGUCAAAAAAUUGAAAUGUCCCGAUUUGCUGGCCAAUUCGUGUCAUCUCAAUAUAUUGUCUGCAAUUCAUUAAUCUCGUCACAUUAUGCGAAUGAGAAAAAUGCAACGAAUUUUUUUUCGAUGAAAACCAAAUAAAAUAUUUAUGGGAGUCAAAUAAAAACAUAUAUAUCUUCAGCGUAAAAAUGAGUCAAAUAAAAUCUGAGAGUAAAAACAAAACAUAUCGCUUGUCUGUUUUGUAGCUAUCCGAAUUUAUAUUCUGUUUUGACUCUCAGAAUCGUAUGUGCUCUUUUUACUCUCAGUUUUUUUGUCGCCUUUUUCAUUUAAAAUAAAUUCUUAUGCUGCUUUUCCGAAAAGAAAUAUUUUGUUGUAUUUUAGGUCUUAAAUGUAUCUGUUCUUAAUGAGAGAAAUUAACGAUUUUUGUCACGAUUCACUUUUGUUUAUUCUGUUUUUUGACUUCAGGCGCUCCUUUUUAUUUUACUUAUAAUUGUUUUGCUAUGAAUAAUCAAUAUAGUACAAUCAGAGUGAGGGAGGCAGAGAAAGAGCGCAAACAUGACUUGUUUAGAAGGUCUCAAUUUUUAAGGCUUCAUGUUUUUAUUUCCGCGAUUCGCAGUCAAGGUUUCGUUGUUUUAGAAAAUCGAAAUUUCUCAUAAUUUUCUCAUUAUUUUCCAUACAAAUGCAGACACACAGUGAAAAAUACAAGUGGUUGAAUAAUGACACAAAAAUAUGAAUUCGAUUGAAAUGUAAUUCACUCAAGAAGCAAAUAAAUAGUUUUUUCAUUUUAUUUCUCGUUAAAAAAAACAAUAACCAAAUUUGAGCAUAAUAAAAGAUCGCAGGUAUUUUUUUCAUUCCAAUAAAUAUGUGGAACUUUUUUCAUUAGGAUUCGUGACACUUUUUUACAUUCAAACAAAAAUGCACAAACCAGGGACAAUAAAUAAAAUAUUCUUGACGUUGGUUAUCAAUGACAUACAUUCUAGGGGUUUUUAUCUCAAUCAAAACACUGUGAAUAUUGCGUAUAUUUUGCGUAUAUUCACUGCGAUAUUUGCAAAAUAUGUACAUUCAAUGUAUGAUUCGUAAAAUAUGCAUAGUAUAUGUACCAUCGAAUAAUAUAUAUUCGCGAACAGAUAAAUUCCCAUAGCAUACAUUACAACCAAGAAUAAGUACUUUUCAGAACUGAUAAUUUAUAUCUUAAAGUGUGUAAUACCGUAAUCAAACCAAA